AUGAAGUGCAGUCAGUGUACGGUGAGAGUGAUCAGCGGGACGGUUGCUGCGGCUGGUACGCGUUUCAUGGUGGACUUAGUGGAGUGGUGUUUGGCUGAGGAAAACGCACGGACUCGGGUCCUCAAUGAGGUAGAAAUCGCAGAAGACCUCCCUAACCCCUCGUUCGUCCCUAACCCCUCGUUCGUCCCUGACCCCUCGUUCGUCCCUGACCCCUCGUUCGACCCAGGCUCGUCCAGACCCCCACCCGAUUUGCGGAACCUUGCUUUGUCGAAGCCGCGGCGAUCGGGUGCGGGGGGGGAGGCUCAGUCGGGGGUGCGGGCUCAAAAAUUGGAAACGUUGUUGACCAGGUUCGUGUUGCACCCGCCAACCCGAACGCGGGCCGGCCGGAUUGAGAGGGGAGGAGGAAGACGGCCGCGGUUAACCUUCUGUUCGUGGAAGUGGCUGUCGUUGGGUGCAAUAUUAUGCCAACGUGUCGCACCAGAGACGCUGCGCGCAAUGUUGACGGAGGUUUAUGGGGCGUCGUUGGUGGAUUCUGAGUCGCCGAUGUGGUUGUUGUCUUCAGCAUUGAUGCGGUGCAGUGCGUCGGUGUGUAUGGGCUCGUUUUUGCGUGUGCUGCGUCUUCAAGAUUCGCCUAAAUUCCGCAGUACGCUCAAGGUCUUCCGAGAAGGCUGGACACCCGCCCUUACACGACUCCCCGAUUCUGAACAUGCCAGGAAACUUGUGUCCGUGUGCUCCCAGGCUACGCAAUGGCUCUCGCGCGCCGUCCCAGACUUCCGUGGCGGUGUCUCCCGUCGCGUGCUCCUCGUCACGGCCGGCUUGUAUCACAGUCUCGGUCCCGAGCUCUUCGCGCGUUUUGCCGACUUCUGGAGACACAAGACGCAUGCGCCGAGCGCCCAGAUUUUGUCCGAUCUUGGCAUCAUUGCACACUUGCUUCAGGGCGCUAACAUCCGGAGAGCCGAGGUCGGUUCCAUCCGGCAAUUGCUCAACCUGCCAGACACCGCCCCUCGCGAACGCUCCCGGGUCCUCUGCACACGCGAUGGUACCGAGUUCGAAUCCGUGCUCCGCGAACUCGAGCGGCCUGCGACUGGUGCCGAUCAAUUCCCGUACCAACCUAGCUUGGUUGCCCUCCCGGACAACACCGUCUGCGACCGCUGGUUCCUCCUGCGCCCACAGAAGCUUUGCCUCUGCUGCCACCAGCACCCCAUGUCAGCCAACCUCUGCGCGGACCUCGCAAAACAAUUUCUGCGCGAAGAAGAAGAGGUAGUCCAGGGCCAAGCCCCGGUCCAGGGCCACGCCACGGUCCAGGGCCGGGUGCGGCCGCCUAGUAAUCGAACUGAGGAAGAGCGGCGACGCAAGAAGUUGUCGGAUGUGUUGUCACAGAUUAGAUCCAGGCUUGUGGCGUCGGGCACGAAGCCGAUUUCGUGGUACGGCGUUUCGUGGCGUGCUUUCCGGUUGGCAGAAAUAAUCUGUGACACGGCAGACGCGGCGGCAGUAGAGAGUUUGGUGGGACCAUUCCGUGAUCCGUCGAGUUUGCUUUCUCACAGGGUGGGUGCUUACAAGCCGCCAUUGAAACAAGUACAGGCUCGAGUGCUCGAUUCACCCGAAGCGGAACCGGAGUCGACGUCGGCCUCGACCGAGUCGGACGCAUUGACAAGGACAUGGUUGUUGGCGAGCGUGUUACGACAAACGUUGAAUUGCACGUGGGUAUCUCGGGUGCUGGACGCAUUGGAGUUGUACGGGCACGAGGAGUUGCAGUGCACGCAGACACUAUACCGACAGGAUUUGGCAAACGAGUUGUGGCGAUUGCCAAGACGUAAGCGUGCGCGGGAAACACUGUUGUUAGUUUCGCAAGUGACCCGUUGGCUGUAUCGUGGACAGUUGGUGAUGAGGGACCUGGCUAAUUCCAGGGCCGAGUGGGGCUUUACUUCGCGCAGGUACAUGGCUACGACGGCGGCAAUCUACGCCAGGCUCGGACCCGCAGUGUUCGCCCAAUUGGCUGCGCUAUGGCGGCAACGUCUGGCCGCUCCCUGUCGAAAUGUCAUGUCCGAUGCAUGUCUUAUUGCCGGUCUCCUCACCCACUGUGCCCUCCAACGGAAGGACUUGAAACGCCUUGCCACCAAAGUCCGAAUUCUCUACGCACACCUAGAACCUCUCGACCCAUGCGCGUUAGUCGAAGGAAACUUCGUACGCGUCCUCCACAACCUCUUCCCUGACACCGUCUUUCCCGAAUACCCCAGGGCCGACGCCAUGAAAGGAGCUGACAACGCCCAGAAGACCGCGCCUGCCGCGACUUACUCCACGCUCGACGAGCACCCCAAUCUCCACGAGGACACCCCCACUAUCGAUGAGGAGGACCGCGCCACUAUCCAUACGCCGGGUGUGUCAGGUACGCUCGGGAGUGGUGCCCUACACGAGCUGGUGGCAAAGAGAUCUUACGACGACGCAGUGGCUGCGGUCCUGUCGCACAAGAAAAUCAAGUUGGUCAAAUGCCCGACAGAGUUCCCGACCGGAGUUUAG